CGGCCUCCGCCAUCUUGCCUCUCCCUGCCUGCCAGAAGCCGAGUGCGGAAGUGGAAACGGCACUGUGCGGGCUCGGGGUUCCGCCUGUGGACGGCUUGCCAUAUCCUCCAGCCGACACAGCCUGCUAUCCAUCCUAUUUAACAGUUUCUAAAGCACCAGAAACCCGGAGGAGCGAUGGCUGGACGGUUACCGGCGUGUGUUGUCGACUGCGGCACCGGUUAUACCAAACUGGGGUAUGCAGGAAACACAGAGCCACAGUUCAUCGUUCCAUCAUGUAUCGCCAUCAAAGAGUCAGCCAAGGUUGGAGACCAGGCCCAGCGGAGGAUGAUGAAGGGGGUGGAUGACUUGGAUUUCUACAUCGGAGAUGAAGCAGUAGACAAACCCACAUAUUCCACGAAGUGGCCAAUCCGUCAUGGAAUUGUGGAGGACUGGGACCUAAUGGAGCGCUUCAUGGAGCAGAUCAUCUUCAAGUACUUGAGGGCUGAGCCUGAGGACCACUACUUCCUCCUGACAGAGCCUCCACUGAACACACCAGAAAACCGAGAGUACACUGCUGAGAUCAUGUUUGAGUCCUUCAAUGUACCAGGGCUGUACAUCGCUGUGCAGGCUGUGCUUGCUCUAGCAGCCUCCUGGACCUCCAGACAAGUGGGAGAGAGGACGCUGACAGGCACCGUGAUCGACAGUGGAGACGGUGUUACCCAUGUCAUUCCUGUGGCUGAAGGUUACGUAAUCGGCAGCUGUAUAAAGCACAUCCCCAUUGCAGGCCGAGACAUUACCUACUUCACUCAGCAGCUCCUGAGGGAAAGGGAGGUGGGCAUCCCACCGGAGCAGUCGCUGGAGACAGCCAAGGCAGUGAAGGAGCGGUUUAGCUACGUGUGCCCAGAUCUAGUCAAAGAGUUCAACAAGUAUGACACAGAUGGCUCCAAGUGGAUCAAGCAGUACACCGGCAUCAAUGCCAUCAGCAAGAAGGAGUUCACCAUCGAUGUGGGCUACGAGCGCUUCCUGGGGCCUGAGAUUUUCUUCCACCCAGAGUUUGCCAACCCUGACUUUACUCAGCCCAUCUCUGAGGUGGUGGAUGAAGUCAUUCAGAACUGCCCUAUUGAUGUCCGGCGUCCUCUCUAUAAGAACAUUGUUCUGUCAGGAGGCUCCACCAUGUUCAGGGACUUUGGGCGCCGUCUGCAGAGAGACUUAAAGAGGACGGUUGAUGCCCGACUGAAGAUGAGUGAGGAGCUGAGUGGAGGCAAGCUCAAGCCCAAACCAAUCGAUGUCCAGGUUAUCACUCAUCACAUGCAGAGAUAUGCGGUGUGGUUUGGUGGAUCAAUGUUAGCAUCAACCCCUGAGUUCUACCAGGUUUGCCACACCAAAAAGGACUACGAAGAGAUCGGGCCGAGCAUCUGUCGCCACAACCCUGUGUUUGGAGUCAUGUCUUAACUUUUAGACCUUAAGAGUCUAACAGUUGCAGGGAGGAGGAGGGGCAGUGAUGUUAGGCUGUGCUUUUCGAUUACUCGUUCAGUUAUGGAUGUGUAGGGGAAAAUGAGAAGGUGAUCCAGAAAGAGAUAAUAAAAACAAAAAAAGAAAAGACACCAGGCCAAACACAGAUGGGCUGGAGAUUUUAUUGUGAAUGUUCCUUUUUUCCCUGUUUCUUUCUUUUCUGUUUUUUUUUUUUCUUUUCAAUAUGAGGGAAAACGGUUUGUAAGCCAAAACAGUUUUAAUAUUUCUGGAUCUGUUUAGCAACAUGAAGUGAGAGAUGAUGAUGAUGAUGAUGAUGGCAUAGGAUGGUGACAGUAACAUUGACAAAAAAAUUUCCUGACACCAGAACAUAUUAUUUAUGUUUAUAGAACAUGGGUCCAGGCAAGAUCCGAUGACUCUCGCGAUCAAUGACCAGUUUAGAACAUAUUAUUGUCUCCUUUUAUUUUCAGCAUUUUCUUUUCCGCUUCAAAUGCACAUGUCUGUGUAUCACGGUAAGAGCUUGUUUAUAUUUCAUACAAAAGUUUUUUAUAUGUAAAACUUGGGAAAUCAGGGGUAAAAAAUAAAAAAAGCAUACCAGUAACAGCAAGAGACUGUUUUAAUCCACGACGCAGCUUUGAUACGCAGUAUUUUGUUUCUUGAAUUUGAGCAGGUGCUCUCCUAUUAUUCCCAAUGUGUCAUCGCUGUCUGCCCUUUAAUUCUCUGUACAUGAAUUCACAUCGGCUUUCACUUUAGACCAUGUCAGGUUUCCACCUCUGAUGCAGUGAAAGAAAAGAGAGAGGACUUACUGAGGUUAUAAAAAUGAAACUGAAUAAGAAUGACUGUCAGACCAGUAUUGUUAGACUAGAAUUUUUUUUAUUAAAUACCAAAUUAUUAAAAGAAUGGGAUUUGUGUAUUUAAUGCCUUGCAACAUUCCAAUAAAGGCUCAAAUUUGUUUCUAA